ACGGACGGGCCGGCCAAGCGGCGGCGCCUCCCUCCCCCGCCCGCGCCAUCCAUGCCCGUCCUCGCUCUGUGCUCGAUUAACCCGUGAGGAAGGAAAAUGGCGGACAAAACAGCCCUGUGCCCGGGGAAAGACAGCGUGUGCGGCUCUUGUGAGAGUUCUCUUGAUCAACAAAAAACCCCUAGCACUGGCAAAACGAUUUCCUCAAAGAGAACCCUUAGUAAGAAAGAGCAAGAGGAAAUAAAAAAGAAGGAAGAUGAGAAGGCCGCAGCAGAGAUAUAUGAAGAGUUUUUGGCCUCCUUUGAGGGGGCUGACUCCAGUAAAGUAAAAGCUUUUGUUAGAGGAGGCAUUGUAAAUGCUACAAAGGAGCGAUUCGAGGAACAGAAAGGGAAACUAUACAAGCCUUCUACACGGGUUCCAGAGAUAAAGAACUUAAUGCCAGAUAAAUCAUCUCCACCGUCUUUCAUAUCUGACCCCAAGAAGCCAACCCUAAAGAAAGGUGAAAAGGAGAAGAAGAAAAGUAACUUGGAGCUAUUCAAAGAAGAAUUAAAACAAAUUCAGGAAGAACGUGAUGAAAGGCAGAAAACAAAAGGGAGUAAGGAUGCUCCUUUCAGGCCUAGUCGAUUUGAACCCUUGCCGUCAGAGGAUUCUCCACAAAGUCGUCGCUCUUCUGAAUCUUCUCGGCGAAACAGACAAACAAAUGCACUUGAGGAAUUUACUCCUGGUUCUCAUGACGCGGGAGAUCCGACUACGACUAAUUUGUAUAUUGGUAACAUUAAUCCGAAGAUGAAUGAAGAAAUGCUAUGUCAGGAAUUUGGACGCUUUGGCCCCUUGGCUAGCGUUAAGAUUAUGUGGCCCAGAACGGAAGAAGAAAGAGCCAGAGAAAGAAAUUGUGGAUUUGUAGCCUACAUGAACAGAAGGGACGCAGAAAGAGCUUUGAAAAAUCUAAAUGGGAAAAUUAUAAUGGAAUUUGAAAUGAAAUUGGGCUGGGGGAAAGCUGUGCCCAUUCCACCUCAUCCCAUUUAUAUUCCACCUGCCAUGAUGGAAUUAACCCUACCACCACCUCCAUCUGGAUUACCUUUCAACGCUCAACCACGGGAGAGACUAAAGAAUCCCACAACACCAAUAAUGCAGCCGAAAAAUCAAGAUGACUUUGAAAAGACUCUGUCGCACGCCAUAGUCAAAGUGGUUAUCCCAACAGAAAGAAAUUUGUUAUGCAUAAUUCAUCGGAUGAUCGAAUUUGUCGUGCGUGAAGGACCCAUGUUCGAGGCAAUGAUCAUGAACAGAGAAAUAAGCAACCUCAUGUUCAGGUUUCUUUUUGAGAAUCAAAGUCCUGCCCAUGUUUAUUACAGAUGGAAAUUGUAUUCCAUAUUACAGGGAGAUUCGCCAACUCGGUGGCGAACCAUAGAUUUCCGCAUGUUCAAGAAUGGUUCGUUUUGGCGACCCCCACCUCUCAACCCAUAUCUGCAAGAAAUAUCAGAAGAAACAGAGGCUCGUGUUGAAGAGAAUGUAAAGAAAGGACAGUUAAAAGAAGAUCAAAGGGAUAAAUUGGAAGAGCUCUUGCGUGGACUGACCCCUCGAAAAAAUGAUGUUGGUGAUGCUAUGGUGUUCUGCCUGAAUCAUGCAGAGGCUGCUGAAGAAAUUGUGGAAUGUAUUGCAGAAUCUUUGUCCAUUUUAAAAACUCCGUUGCCGAAGAAGAUCGCCAGGCUUUAUUUGGUGUCUGAUGUACUGUACAAUUCAUCGGCUAAAGUUGCAAAUGCUUCAUAUUAUAGAAAAUAUUUUGAAUGUAAGCUGUGCCAGAUAUUUGCAAACCUUAAUGCAACUUACAAGUCAAUUCAAGGUCACUUACAGUCUGAGAAUUUCAAGCAAAGAGUAAUGGGUUGCUUUAGAGCAUGGGAAGAUUGGACAGUUUAUCCUGACCCAUUCCUCAUUAAACUACAAAAUAUCUUUCUUGGACUUGUAGAUCUCGAAGAGGAAAGUAAAGAACUCUGCAAACCUCAGAAUAUCUACCUUGGGCUUGUGGAGGUUGAAGAAAUUAAAGAAGUUUCUAAGCGACAGCCUGAACCUGAGGAUCUUGAUGGAACACUGGUAGAGGAUGAACUUGAUGGUGCCCCAUUGGAGGAUGUAGAUGGAGUUCCAAUUGAUUUGAGCGUUGUGAUCGAUGAUUUAGAUGGUAUACCUAUGAAGGUGCUGGAUGAUGACCUUGAUGGGAUUCCUAUCGAUGGCCUUGAAGACUCAAAGAAGUUUCAGUCAGUAUUUAAAGUUGCUCCAUCAAAAUGGGAAGCAGUUGAUGAAUCUGCGUUAGAAUCACAAGCUGUUACUACUUCAAAAUGGGAGCUCUUUGACCAACCAACUGAAUCAGAGGAAGACGAACAACCAGCGGACGGUACAUUAAAAGAAAGUGAUGAUGAAGAUGAUGAUGAUAUUGAUGAUCAAAUGUCCAGAUCAGAAGAGUUGCUUUAUUUUACUAACCCAAUCAAAGAAGAAACAUCAGAACACAGACCUAUUCUCAAGUAUUCAGAAAUGUCUGAAGAAAAGAGAGCAAAGCUUCGAGAAAUAGAGCUUAAAGUAAUGAAGUUCCAAGAUGAAUUGGAAUCUGGGAAAAGGCCUAAAAAGACAGGUCAGACCAUGCAAGACCAAGUGGAACAUUACAGAGACAAGCUGCUUCAGCGGGAGAAGGAGAAAGAACUGGAAAGAGAAAGGGAACGUGACAAAAAGGACAAAGAGAAAGAUGUUAUUAAAUCUGAGUUUCGUGUAAAAGAUAGGAAAGAAAAAGAGAGCUCCUCCUCCCCUUCAGUCAAAGAAAGAAAAAGGAAACACAGUGCAUCUGUCAGUCCAACUCGUGUGGCCAGGCGUGUGAAAUCACCGUCACCGCGUUCAGAACGGUCGGAUAGAUCACGAACCAAAGACAGCCCACACACUAGAUCAGUGCAAAAAGACACACCUAGAGAUACAAAUAAGAAAUCCAAAAGAUCCCGAUCUGGCUCGAGGACUCCAAAAAGGUCCAAAAGAUCUCGUUCUAGGACACCCAGGAAAUCUUCAAAAAAAUCUAGAUCCCAGUCCAGAUCUCCACAUCGAUCACACAAGAAAUCUAAGAAGAGCAAACACUAGUGAACUGUCCAUCACCUUUUUCUGUAAUUUUGGUUUUGUCCCGUGCCUGAAACAAACUGAGGAAUAUCAUUCCUGGCUUUUUUUUGAAUGCACACACAUUCAUUAUGAAUAUUCAACUCCAGUCAAUCUGUGUGCUUUUUUGUAUAUGAAAGAAUUUGACUUCUAUAGUGCUUUGGCUUCAUCAACCCCUAAAGUCCCUGUUUGUAGAUUGUGUAAAGACAGACCCCUUUAUGUUAGAUUUCUCAUGAGGAUCCUUGUAUGUCUCUUCCACCAGCAGUAGCAGUAUUGUAUUUGCAGAGGUGUAUGAGGAAGCCUGAAGCAGAAGUGUUAUCCUUUUGUAAUUUUUAACAUUCAAUGAGAGUUGAAUAAAAAUCAGUACAGAAAGUUACAUAAUUUCUUGUUUUAUAAUAAAGUAAAUGCAAUAAUGUUUGAGCUAUUCAACUCUUGGUAUUUUAACGUGCAGGUUUUUUGGUCAUUUCAUCAUAAAACGCUAUUGACGCAGAAGUGGGGUACUUCAUUGGAAUAGAUUUCCAUGUUUCACCUUUCCAAGAAUAGUCGUCUAUGAAUUAAAACUCCAAUAUGUCAAAAUUCUAUAGUUGUUAACAUGCUCUUUUCCAUUUUGCAUUGACCACUUCUGGUUGGGAAGACCAGUCGUGGUAACCGUCUUGUACAGAAGCAAUCACAGUAUUGCGUGAAAAAUGUUUUUUUUUUAUAAUGAAUGGCAAGAAGCCAUACACUUAAGGAAGAUUGAACACCACAUGCUGGGUAUCUGAAGUGGAAACAGAAACACGACAUGACCAGUAUCUAAGCAGCACGACAGAUACCAUCUGCAAAACCUCGCUCCUGUUUUCCUUUUAACAUGCUGAAAAAACUGCUGUGUAUUUGUUUUUUGUUUUUUUUUAACUGAUUUUGACAUUUUUAAGCACUUUAGACAAUGUGGUGAAUUCAUUGUGUCAAACAAUCAUUAUAUUCUUUAAAUUAGAACUGUGUAAAAGCUCAAAAUUCCUCUUUGAAUGCAAUCUUUCUUUGCAUAUCAGAAACCAGAUGAAGAAUUAUGAUACUCAUAACUCUUGUCAAAAUAUUUUGCAGAAUGUAUUUAUUUUGUAUUUCAGGUGAUUGAGUGGUCUACACUUGCUGAAUAUAUGUUCUUGGAACCACACAUUGCAUCUGAAACUUGUGAUGUUAAUCCAUUGUAAUUACAUUCUAACUUUAUCUUGUUUACCCCAUAGUUCACAUUUUCAUAAUUGUCAACUUCCCAGAGGACACCUAACAUUUUCAACAAUGCUAUUAAGGAGUUACAGUUGGAUUACAGACCUAAGACCCAAGUAAUCAUAAGCAGGCAAUAAAAAUGUAGAUUUUAAUCAUGA